AUGUGGCUACAUGUAAUUGCUAUGUGGUUACAGGUUGUAGUUGAUGGUGGCCACAUCCAGAAAGUGGUAGGAGUGAAGGAUGCGAGCGGCCAGUGUAUUUGCAGCAUGGAGAUGGGCCAUUUGGUCUUCCCUGCACAUGAGGUGGAGCGACUGGAGAGUAACUUCCUCAACCUGACUGAAAUUCUGCAGAACUAUCUGAACCAGAUUUUUAAUAACCAGGCACUGGUGACUAUUAGUAUAACUAACUUGACUGAUUUGGAGAACCGCGUGAAAUAUGCACAGGCCUUUGGUACCCAUGUCGAUUUGGACUUCCAGAAGCUUAUCAGUGACAUUCACGCGGUGGUGUCUUUGGCCCAAAAUAUAAGCAAGAAUGCAACCACAGACAGCAGUAAAGAAGUGAUUGACAAGUUGAUUGCAGAGAUCAAUGCUAUUAGCACUGUAGUAACAACAAUGGAAAAAUAUGACAAGAACAACAUAAUAACAGCACAGCGUGAGAUCACUGCUCUUCGGAAAAAGCUGUUGGAAUGCGAGGAAGCAAUUAACCGUAACAACACAGAGACGGGUCCUGUGGCCGUAUCAUCACCAAUUGGUAAAUGUGACCAUGGUGGGCUGCUCCAAGUCAGUAAUCCAGUACUGGUCAAACUCAACUGGAAAGGUUCUAAAUUCAAAACUGGAUCCUGGGGGAAGGAUUUUGCCUUGGGGACGAAAUUACCAGACCAUUAUUGGGUUUUUCCAGCAAACAUAGAUGAGCGCACAAUGGAGACCUUCCGUCUAUACUCAUCAUACAAGAAAUUGUUGCUUUAUUCUCCCAUCCGGGAAUAUACCCUAAAUGUUUAUCAGAAAUCAGAUUGUAAAAACUGUGGACAAGGGGGUGGAAUAAUCUUCUUCAAUGGUUCCUUCUAUUACAACUGCUACAAUAGCAGAUCUCUGUGCAGGACAGAUCCAUUUAGCCUGCGCGCCACACGAGUGAAAUUAGGAGAUCAGGAUCCUGCUUCUUUCAAUAACUGGUUCUCCUAUAAGGGUGUCAAAUAUCAGGACAUGGACAUGGCUGGGGAUGAAAAGGGUCUGUGGAUGGUUCAUGGCUCUACUUUGGCCAAUGGGAAUAUGGUAAUUAAGAAAGUAGACCCUAGGACCAUGAUAAUAGGAACACCUUGGAUUACUUCCCAGCCAAAGGAUAAAAUGACUAAUAGCUUCAUGAUCUGUGGUGUGUUGUAUGCCACCAAGUGGAAGAAUUCAACUCAUGAGGAGAUAUAUUAUGAAUAUGACACCAACACAGCUCGGGAACGCAACAUCCAAAUCUUUAUGGAGAAACCUCUUCCUACUGUCCAUAGCCUGAAUUACAAUCCCAAUGACCAGAAGCUCUACAUGUUCAAUGAAGGCUAUCUGGUGUAUUACAAUCUCACAUUUCAAAACCACCCAGCAGGCAGGGCAGGGCAGGUUGUUACUUUGGGGCAGCAGCUGGAUCCUCAUACUGAAGGACACCAAAGCCUGAUGAAUAAGGGAGGACAGGAUACUGCUAGCGAAGAAUCGCAAAGUCCAGCUAGUAACCAGCAGCAAGAUUUGGCAAGCAAAAGAGGAAGCAGUGCUAACCAGGAGGAAAGAUCUCUUAAUGUUACCAUAGUAAGACGAGAAGCCAUGAAGGGAGGUGGCCAUAUUGUUGCUAGUGAGUGAUAUUGAAAUGUUUGGUAAGGGAAAGCAGGUCCAGUGAGCAAAGGACAAAACCAAUGUUGAACUCAAUCAAGUUGAGAAAUCUUUUGUAAAUAAAGGGCUUGUAAGUAGAUAUAAAAAGAAGUAUGGCUGUUGUUCACACCCCAAAGCCUGUAAAAAUAAAUGCACAUGCAGAUUUAUAAAAUAUAUGUCCAUAACAGUCAUAUCAGUUAUAUUUCCUACCGCAGGCUGCACAAGUUCAGCCUAUACAACAGCAAAGUGUGGGAUCUCUCUAGUGCAAUGGUCUCCGCCUUCCCAUUUGUCCUACUCUCCUGCAGAAGUCAGCAAAUGUAUAAAUAUUUUAGGGGUGCAGACAUCUCACUC